GGCAGUGAAGUUAAGUGUCUUUAGUUUGGUUGUAAAUCUUUUUUAAACCAAGAUUUUACCAUCAUGGAUUUAUAGUUUUAGUUUUAAUGAGCACAAAGCAAAUUUAAAUAGUUAUGUGCAGUAUAACAUUUGAAAACCAAAAUGCCACUGGCUGGUUGAUGAUAAUGCUGACCCUAUCCCCUCCUUCCCCUUUCCUUUAUGGAAUUUAAUGCAAUCUCAUAACUCAGAAGCACUCUUUGAAUUUUUUAUCAUCACUGAAAUAUCAUAUUUAGUACAUCCUUGAAACCUAUAAUCUAUCUGAUAGACCGAGUUUUAUCGUGAAAGAUAUUUUAAUUUGAUAAGACUUAUCAUUUUUAUAAUGUAGUAGAUGAAAGGAAAAUGUCAACUUUUAAUCAUUUUAUUGGCAGAGUAGUUUAUUUUUUGGCAACUUAAGCAAACCUGUCAAGUCGUUGUGGUUUGAGCUAGGAAAAGAUCAGAAAAAUAAGAAGCUUUCAGACUAAAAUUUUCUCAGGAUGUUAGUAGCCACUAUGUAAUUAAAGGCCCAGCCCAGCUUCCCUCAAAUUAGCUUUUUUUUGUAACCAGGAAGCUGCACAUAGGGUAAACAGUACAACUCCCUUAAAUUGUCCUUUGACCUGAAUGUAAAUAUGUACAAGGUUGCAAAGGAAAAGUAUGGAGGAAGGAUCACAGCGUUCCAACAAACGUCAAAUCUAACCCGCCCAGUUACUAAUAUUUGAAAGUACUGCAGCAUGAAUGGUGCUGAUUUAAAGCCCCAUGAGUUGGAAUUGACUCGAUGGCAGUGGGUUUAGAUGUGAAGUGCUUCCUACAGCUCAAAACAAGAAUCAAAUCCUUUAAGUCUUCUCAACCCAGGCCUACUACUAAAAGGAAUAAAAGGGCUUGAGGUUUUUUUCCCUGAUUCCAUCUAAGUUUCUCGAGAAAAGAUACUACUAAGAACAUCUGCAGUUCUCAGAAUGGCAGUGCAUUAAAGCCGCUGACCAGGAGCACUCACACUUAAUACUACUAAUCCAGAGCCACUGCUGUUGAGUCGAUUCUGACUCAUAGUGACCCCAUAGGGUUUCCAAGGCUAUAAAUCUCUACGGAAGCAGACUGCUACAUCUUUCUCCAAUGGAGUCGCUGGUGGUUUUGCAUCGCUGACCUUUUGGUUAGCAGUCCAUCGCUUCAACCACUGCACCACUAGGGCUCCUUAAUAAUACUAAUAGCUGACAUUUACUGAGACCAAGAAUGUGCCAGGCACGGUGUUAAACGGUUUACAUGCACUGUCUGACUGCAUUCUCAUAAUAACUCCAUAAUGUAGGGGCUUACCAACUUUAGCUUGCUCAAGGCCACCUGGCAAGGCCCCCACCUUGUCCUAAUCACUACACAGUGUCCCAUGAACUGGAGCCCCUCCCACUUGUAGGCCAGGACCUUAGAGAAAAUGGGGUUUUAGGGAUUGUUUGGACAGUGCUUCUUUUCUGAAAGAGAGAAAUUUAAAUUGGUCAUGUUCUUAUUAAUGGAGGAAUGUGUUCACAUUACAUCCAUUACAGGUUGCCUUGCCAUUUCUUACUACUUUAUCUAUUCAUGAUUUUCUCACAGAUUUUCACCUUGUAUAAUGAGCAUUUAUUAAUAUAUCUUUUAUAGAGUAUUUGCAUUCUAAGCAAAUCUCAAGUUUCCCACUUGGGUGGUGGAGAGGUGGUAAUAAAUAAUGCUUGCAUUACAUGUUUAAGGCUGUUAAUCCAAACAGACAAGACUCCUACAUGGAGGAAAACUAGAUAUACCAAUGGCAUUGGAGUGGUCUUUUUAUUUUUUUAAUGUAGUAAACUAUAAAUAACAAGUUUGUCAGUUUAACCAUUUUAAGUGUAUAAUUCAGUGGCAUUAAUUACAUUCACAAUGUGUAACCAUUACCACUCUAUUUCCAGAACUUUUCAUUACCCCAAGCAGUAAGCAUUAACCGUAUCCAUUAAGCAGUAACUCCUCAUUUCCCCCUUCCUUAGCCCCUGGUAACCAGCAGUCUGCUUUGCUUCAAUGAAUUCCUUAUUCUAGGUAUUUCAUGUAAGUGGGAUGAUACAAUGUAUGUCCUUUUGUUUCUGACUUACUUCACUCAGCCCAAUGUUUUCAAGGUUCAGCUGUGUUGUAGCAUGUAUUAGAACUUCAUUGCUUUUUAUGGCGCAAUACUAUUACAUUGUAUUUGAAUACCACAUUUGUCCAUUGAUGGAUACUUGGGUUGUUUCUACUUUUGUUUUUGCUGGUGUGAAUAAUAAAAUAUUCUUGUUGCUUCUGUGGCCUUCCAGCCUCUCAUAAAGGUUUUUAUCCAUUAUAACAUGCUUAUUGGAGCCCUGGUGGCGCAGUGGUUAAGAGCUCAGCUGCUGCUAACCAACAGCUCGGCAGUUCGAAUCCACCAGGCACUCCUUGAAAACCCUAUGGGGCAGUUCUACUCUGUCCUAUAGGGUUGCUUUGAGUUGGAAUCAACUUGACAGCAGUGGGUUUGGUUUGGUUUUUUUUUUUGUUAACAUGCUUACUAAAUGUUUUCUGUCUUGUCCUCAGAUAAAUAGAUAUAGAAAUAUUGCUGAAGCAAUGCUGGUGAGAUUUUUAAAGAUUAAACUCAUAUUUAGGUAGAAGAUUUAAUUAAUUACAGGUAAAGUUAUAUUCAGAAUUCAGUUCAUAAUUUCAAGACUGUUUUUAAAAGAUGUAUACCAUAUCUCAAAACACAUUCUUUCGUAGUUAUUCAAUUAAAAAAAUUAAACUUUACCAGAGUUAGUUUGGAUGAGAGAAGUAGUGGGAGAGUGAUAGGGUGUGUGUGCUGUUUCCAGCAGUCCGUCAUCUCUUUAUCUUGCAGUGGACAGGAUAUGGUGAGCAUCCUCCAGUUAGUUCAGAAUCUGAUGCACGGAGAUGAAGAUGAGGAGCCCCAGAGUUCCCGGUAAUGGAGAGUGGUUGCAGCUUCUCUUUGAAAAAUCCAGAAUAUUGGAGAGCAAGGUCACAUGGCUUUGUUGGGGCAUAGUCUGGGCGCUUAUAUUUCCACUCUGGACAAAGAGAAGCUGAGAAAACUUACAACUAGGAUACUUUCGGAUACUACCUUAUGGCUAUGCAGAAUUUUCAGGUAUGAAAAUGGCUGUGCUUAUUUCCACGAGGACGAAAGAGAGGGACUUGCAAAGAUCUGUAGGCUUGCCAUUCAUUCUCGAUAUGAAGACUUUGUAGUGGAUGGAUUCAAUGUGUUAUAUAACAAAAAACCUGUUAUAUAUCUUAGUGCUGCUGCUAGACCUGGCCUGGGCCAAUACCUUUGUAAUCAGCUCGGCUUGCCUUUCCCCUGCUUGUGUCGUGUGCCCUGUAACACUAUGUUUGGAUCCCAGCAUCAGAUGGAUGUUGCCUUCCUGGAGAAGCUGAUUAAAGAUGAUAUAGAACGAGGAAGACUGCCCCUGUUGCUUGUUGCAAAUGCUGGAACUGCAGCAGUAGGGCACACAGAUAAGAUUGGGCGUUUGAAAGAACUCUGUGAGCAAUAUGGCAUGUGGCUUCACGUGGAAGGUGUGAAUCUGGCAACAUUGGCUCUAGGUUAUGUCUCCUCAUCGGUGCUGGCUGCAACCAAAUGUGACAGCAUGAUGUUGACUCCUGGCCCGUGGCUGGGUUUGCCAGCUGUUCCUGCAGUUACACUUUAUAAGCACGACGAUCCUGCCUUGACUUUAGUUGCUGGCCUUACAUCAAACAAGCCAGCAGACAAACUCCGUGCCCUGCCACUGUGGUUAUCUUUACAAUACUUGGGCCUUGAUGGGAUUGUGGAAAGAAUAAAACAUGCCUGCCAACUGAGUCAACGGUUGCAAGAAAGUUUGAAGAAAGUGAACCACAUUAAAAUCUUGGUGGAAGAUGAGCUCAGUUCCCCGGUAGUGGUGUUCAGAUUUUUCCAGGAAUUACCAGGCUCAGAUUCAGGGCCUAAAGCUGUACCAGCACCCAACAUGGCACCUUCAGCAGCCGGCCAGGAGGGGCACUCCUGUGAUGCACUGAAUCGCUGGCUGGGAGAACAGCUGAAACAGCUGGUGCCGGCAAGCGGCCUCACCGUCACAGACCUGGAAGUGGAGGGCGUGUGUGUGCGGUUCAGCCCUCUGAUGACAGCAGGAGUUUUAGGAACUCAGAAUGAGGAUGUGGAUCAGCUUGUUGCCUCCAUAAAAAGCAAGCUGCCAGUCUUGACCUGUACGCUGCAGCUGAGAGAAGAGUUCAAGCAGGAGGUGGAAGGAACAGCAGGCCUCUUACACGUGGAUGACCCUAACUGGCCUGGAAUCGGGGUGGUCAGGUAUGAACACGCUAAUGAUGAUAAAAGCAGUUUGAAGUCUGAUCCUGAAGGGGAAAAAAUCCAUGCUGGACUCCUGAAGAAGUUAAAUGAACUGGAAUCUGACCUUACAUUUAAAAUGGGCCCUGAGUACAGAAGUAUGAAGAGCUGUAUUUACAUUGGCAUGGCCAGUGACGACAUAGAUGUUUCCGAACUAGUGGAGACCAUUGCAGUCACAGCCCGAGAAAUUGAGGAAAACUCAAGGCUUCUGGAAAACAUGACUGAAGUUAUUCGGAAAGGAAUUCAGGAAGCUCAGGUUCAACUUCAGAAGGCAAAUGAGGAACGUCUUCUGGAAGAGGGAGUGUUACGGCAGAUCCCGGUAGUAGGAUCCGUGCUGAAUUGGUUUUCUCCAUUACAACCUUCACAAAAAGGAAGAACUUUUAACUUAACAGCAGGCUCUCUGGAGUCCACAGAACAUACAUAUGUCUCCAAAGUACAAGGCAUGGGAGUGACGCCACCUCCAACCCCCUCAGGCACUCGCACUAAACAAAGACUUCCAGGCCAGAAGCCUUUUAAAAAGUCCCUAAGAGGCUCAGAUGUGAUGAGUGAGACAAGCUCGGUCAGUCACAUUGAAGACUUAGAAAAGAUGGAGCACCUGUCCACUGGGCCAGAGCAAGACACCCCAGAGGCUGCCAGCCCUCAGGAAGCAGACCAGAGUGAGGCCCUCCAGGAGGAGGCCCAGCACCCAGAAGAUGACUGCCCACAGGUAGAAGAACCGGAGAGCUUAAGAUAAAAGUCAGUACUGGGUUUGAGACUGUACUGGGUAUUGUUUCAGGGAAGAUGACGUUAUAUUGAAAAUGUGAACUGUGCCACAUCCUAAUACAAUAGGAAUUACUGUUAUUGUGCUUCAUGGAUUUUUGCACAAACAUGUACCUGAAAGCCAGGCGUUCUAGGUGGGCAGUCAAUGUUUAAUUUUGUGCAUGUAGAACAACCAUCAACUAUUGUUUCUGUCCUACCCAGCUGUAGUAACUCCAUUUUCCCCCUAAAUUACCAUAAACACUUUUUAGUCACAGAAAACACUUAGCAGGUGCCUGCCACUUGAAACACUUGCUCUUACCUGUCUGAACAUUAAGUUCUUAGGUUGCACAUAAUAACUUUUUGGUACAUCAGCUUCUUCAGAACUCUCCAGGUUCUCUGUUGGACUCCCGCAAGGAGGAGGUGGGCAGACCACAUUCUUUGCCACCUGUUUCAUUUGGUGUUUAGUUGGAGCAGGUUGCAAUAUACAGCUGGAUUGUGUUGGCUUAAUGGAGAAUGGACUUCAGUAGGUUUGUAAAUGAGUGUCGGAAGCCCUCUCCUGCCAUCCCCAACUGCUGCUUUUCCUGGAGACUUAAGUAAGGACUGUGUCCACUCAAGCUUUGGCAGGGUAACCAAGCAAGUUAGACUGGACAGCACUUCUGUGAGCGACGUUCCUCUGCCACAAAUCCAUUUCUCCUUUCAUGUACUAUUUGUAAACAAAUUCGAGGACUCCUCUCUAUUAAGAAUAACUGUAAAGUCUUCCUGACCAUAUAUAUAUAUAUAUAUAUAUAUAUAUAUAUAUGUAUAUGUAUAUUUUUAAAUACUGGUAAAGCUUUUAAAUUGGCACACAAGUACAGACUGUGCUCAUUUCUAUGUUUAAUAUCUGAACACCUGAAAGAUGCUGCCCUUAAGAACCUAAUAUUAAAUACGCUGUGUAGCACCUAAAAGUGUAAACUCUAAAAUAAAUGUAUCUCAGACCUAUCUCAAGUCUAUGAAGCUUCUGCAGCUUCUGUUCCGUUAGCAGCUCACCUCUUUGGGCCCAACUCAGAAACCAGAACAGAAAAGUAAUCUUUCUUAGACUGAUGAAGCUAGACUAUUAAUAGUUGGAAGCAAGCUCUUAAUUACUGCCCAUUUCUACCUUUGCAGAAGUACUGCAUCACUUUGUUUAUCCUAAGUAACGGCCCCUGUGCCUUUUUAGUCCAGCAGAGUCCGCUGUGGGAGAUCUUAAGC